UCAAUUCAACCAUAAUAACAUGGCGUCCAUGAUGACAAGCGCAUAUUUGCCGGCAAUUUCAGCUGAUUUUGCUAAUGAUAUGAGUAAACCAGACUGGCUAACAUCAGAGCUGUCAACUGGGACCACAAUUGCUGCCAUAGAAUUUGAUGGAGGAGUUGUUAUUGGUGCCGACUCAAGAACUACAUCUGGGGCCUACAUAGCCAACAGAGUUACAGACAAGCUGACGAAGGUGACAGAUUACAUCUACUGCUGCAGAUCUGGGUCUGCGGCCGACACUCAGGCAGUUGCUGAUAUUGUCAACUACCAUCUUAACUUCUAUAAGAUGGAAAUGGGUGAGGAGCCACUGGUCCGGACAGCAGCCUCUACCUUCAGGAACUUAUGUUAUAACAACAGGGACGGUCUGUCUGCUGGAAUCCUUGUGGCAGGCUGGGAUAAACGCAAUGGUGGACAGGUGUACACAAUCCCCCUUGGUGGUAUGUGGACGCGUAUGCCAGUGGCCAUCGGGGGGUCUGGCAGUACGUACCUGUACGGUUAUGUUGACGCCAACUACAAACCAGGCAUGAACAAAGAUGAAUGUCUACAGUUUAUUGCCAAUGCAAUCUCGCUGGCCAUUAACCGUGACGGCAGUUCAGGUGGAGUUAUCCGACUUGCGUGUAUAACGAAGGAUGGGGUGGAGCGACACGUUCUUACUGGGGACCAGCUGCCCAAGUUUUACGAAGACUCGUAGUGUUGUUCUUGAUAGACUGUAGGCAGUUGUGAUGUGUUGAUGUAAAUUGUUUAAUUCAAAAUGACAAUGUUAUUCCAUCAAAUAUGUCUUCAUAUUCUCAUAUUUGUGAAAGAAAAGAGAAAUGAUAUAGCUAUAUAGCUUGAACUAUAACAUAUGUUUUGUUCAUUGCGAAAACCGCACAACAAAUUGAAUUUUCUGAAAUAGUGUAUUAGACAUCACCAACUUUGAAGUAUAUGUUACUGCGUUGUUCGAACUUAAUGAUUACAAAAUAGAAAUCAUAUUGACCACUGCUACAUUGUUGACUGAAUAUUCCACACAUGUGCAUACAAGUGCUUCUCAUUGCUUGUAAUUGAUUAUUUCCAAUAAGUGUUUGAUAUUUC